UUUGUUUCCAACCUUUUGUAUGAGACGUCGUAUUUAAAUGAGAAAAUAGCGAGCAUUUUUAACGUGUAAUUCCUUUGUUGUGUAACGUGCGUUACUUUAAGAUUUCGGAACUAUCCCUACGAUACAUCUAAAAUAUGGCAUUUGAAAAACCUCCGGUGAUAAUAGAUACGGGGAGUUACACCAUCAAGGCUGGUUUCGCGUGCGAUAACCACCCAGUCGCCAUCUUCAGGACGGCUGUCGGUCGUCCUAGUUACCUCAAUGGUAGCUAUGGAAGGGAGCCUUAUCAUGUUUACGUUGGGGAUGAAGCCACACAACAUGAAGACUUGGAGGUUUGCUAUCCGGUAGUAAAAGGAAGAAUAGUCCACUGGGAUAAUAUUGAGAGGAUCCUGCACCACAUCUUAUAUAGAGAGCUGAAGGUAGCUCCUGAGGACAGAGCCAUCAUGCUAUCUCUUGCUGCCAGUACGCCGAUGAGUGAGAAGUUUAGAUGUUGUGAAAUUAUCUUCGAAACCCUGAACUGCAUCGGGCUAUGCAUUCAGCCGCAGAGCGUCCUGACAAUGUACGGGAGUGGAUACACGACUGGCGUAUGCGUGGAUAUGGGAUACGACAAGGUAGACAUAGCUCCAGUGUAUGAAGGAGGACUUAUUGCUUAUGCACAGACGAGUACCGGUAUACCGAGCUUGGAACUACAUGACUACAUACGGAGACUUCUUGAAGAGCGAAAUAUCAAAAUAACCUCGCAAGGAGUGCUGCGUGAUUUAAAGAAGAAGGCUUACAUUACAAGAAACGCCGCUUAUAACAGAAAGACUGGUAAAAGGGCCUUCACUCUGCCCGAUGGCAAAGUUAUUGACAUCAGCAAUGAAGCGUUCAUGGCAGGAGAAAUCCUCUUCCAACCUGAACUAGCAGCUCCAGAGUGGGACGUGUUAUCCCUCCCUGGAGCAGUAAAAAAGGCAGUUGAUAUGUGCGACCCUGAACUACGGUCUGAACUUCUAGACGGUGUCGUGCCUUGCGGAGGCAUGUCUAUGAUACCUGGACUCUGUCCUAGAUUAAAACAAGACCUGGAAGUACUGACCAGCGAGUUGGUGAACGUGUAUUCAUCGGACGAGGCAUAUGCGCUCUCGUGGCUUGGAGGAGCCACAUUUGGAGGCAUGCCGGACGCAAAAAUCUGGGUAACUAAGAGGCAGUAUGAAGAUUUCGGUGAGAAAAUAGUCAAAAACAAAUUUACAUAAUUAUUCAAUUUGUCUAAGUAAACGUAAUAAAAGCAUAAGUAAAU